AUGGGUGAUCUUCGGAGUCGUACUAUGGCAUCAAUGGUUACUUCUAAUAGUUUUAGAAAUUCUUCUAUUGCCCAUAUCUAUGCUAAUGUUCCUGUUAAUUCACUGAAGAUUGGCAUGGCAUCCAUCAGACUCGUUAAUGCUGUUAAUGCUGUUAAUGCAUUAAAAGUAGGUAAAGCAUCGAUCUAUCUUCGACUAUCAUAUCAUGUGUAUAUUCGCACAGGCGACUCUUACUUCCCGGGAAAAACACCUAUGGGCCAGCCAAACAAGGUCUACAAAAUCAAUCAUCCUCAACCUUUCGGGAAAGGCCGGACUCGAUCUUCAUCCGAGACUUCCACUUCUG